GCUCCGCGGCCAUCGCGGUCGGUGCGAUGGUAAACAACAUAAAACAAAAACCAAUAUACGUUUUGUUACCUGUUUAACUCUCACCGAGUCGUCCGUCAUCCAACUCGUAACGCUCGCCAGCAUCACAAUAAUCUUAUCAUUGUUGUUAUUAAUAUUAAUAUUAAUAUCAUGACAAAUUUGUCAUGAUUAAUAUGUAGUCGUCGUCGUCUAUGUAAUAUUACGGUAUUAUAUUUUAAAACUACGGAUUCGAACGGGUGGUCCGGCGGCCGUCAACGUCGUCCCGGUGAUCGCGCUCUAUCGAACGGCGGACGACCAAUAACUGGCUGAGCCUGAGCGGCCCGGAUUUCUGGGGUCCACGGCAACUCAAGUGGUCGUACUCGGCGGCACACACUUGCAGUCUUGCGUACCCGCGCGGUGCAAUCGUGUGCUUUGUGUGGUACGGCGCCGAAAUCCACUGUCGCCCUCAGUCCGAAAAAACUCGGUACGUCCGUCGACAGCGCUCCGGGUACCCGACACCCGACUCGUCGCGCCGUGGCGCCGCUGUGCUGCUCUCAUCCCACCAUCCGUUCGGCUCGUUACUUCGUUAGCUAGUCCGUCUCCUUGCGUUUGCCUCUCGCAGGACCGCCCGUCCGCCAUUAAUAACUGAAACACAAUCGCUUUUUCUGUCGUCCACCGUUGGUUGCGACUAAAUAUUUCAUGUGACCGCGUUUCCUUUAUUUCGCAUUUAUUAUUAUCGUAGGGAUCUUUGAGCACCCGACUCGUCCGACUACCAUUGUUUGAUCGCUCAGACUAUUUUUCUCGUGUUCCACCCGACCGACGCCGCCAUAUUUUCUCGUGCGUUCCGGGUGUUGCCCGCGCGCCCGUCCGUCUCGCGAGUUCCGUCGGGCCGACGUAACCUAUCGUCACUACAUCCAUCGCGUUUUCGUCGUCGUCUAGCGAACAGGACGUGUCCUGCGUGAGUGCUCGCCGACGUCAACCGCCGUCGUCGUCCAUUACACCGAGUACGAACACGCGCGCGCCCGCGCACUCAAGGUGAUCGACUCGUCUCAAGAGUUUGGAUCGUCGUCGCAAUGGCCGCCAAGAAAUCGGUUUCGCCGGGACCCGUUGACUUGAUGAAGGAAAUAAUGAGAUUAAUUGCUGAACCAAAUUCGGUCAACAAUAAAAAAAGACUGGAAGUGGCUUAUUUCCAACAUCCAUCUAAGGAGGUUGAUCCAACAAGUUGUGAUCUAUGUAGUAACAGUUCUGGAUUCGUGUGCAGUAGCCAAUAUGACAAAUGCUUAAAUAACCAGAAUAAAUAUGAAGAUGUUAGACUCCAGAUUAAAAAUAUAUUUGAUUUUCAAUUUCCGUACGAUCCAUCCGAAUCAUUCCUCGAAGAAGUACCUAUACAGCGCAAAUACAAUGUUAAACUCCCUGCCAGAAAACAGUUGGAUAAGCUUAAAAUGAUUCGUAAGAAUGACAGAUGUGUUGUUUGUAAAAAAGGGAUUCUCCAAGGACGRUUGGUGCAAUGUCAUUAUUGUAUUCGACUUUAUCAUCUCAAUUGCUUAGAUCCUCCUAUCCGUGAUUGGGAUCAUAGUAUGAGAUGGAUUUGUCCAGCACACGAAAAUUUUUUCGAAUUAGCAUAUCCUGACAUUUUCACUCCUGGUAGUGGAUUACUAGCUAAUAGAACUUUUACAACAAAGAGAACCCGAUGUGAACUGCCCAGUUUACCUGUUGACAAAUCUUUCAACAUACCUAGUAAAAUUGAUACCAUGUAUAAAAAGCCAGAAGAUAAUGUUCCUACAACAUCAAACGAAAACUCAUCUUUAAAUAUUUUAUGUGAUGUCGCUACACUUGCAUUGAAAUCAAUGAAUGCUGAGAAUGCUAAUAAGAUAAAUGAUAUGGAUAUUUCUGACAAGUUGAUGCAGAAGAACAAUUCUUUACCGCCUAAAAUAUGUGGUGCUACUUUAACUUGUUUAUCUGUACCAUUAAAAAUAUCUGUUCAGAAAGAAGUAAUAACGAUUGGAAAAAGUCAUAAAAAUAAACUGUGUUUACAACCAUAUGGAAAUUGCGAGUAUAUUUCUGAUUAUCAUGCCACCAUCAGAUUUGAUAAAAAAACUGGAGAUUUUAUUUUAAAAAACCUAAGUCGAUUUGGGGUAAUAGUUGAUAAUGUAUCCUAUUUUGGAAAUCGCCGAAAACCUUCCAAUAACCAUGAACUAAAAAAAGUAAAUUCGGAACUCCUUAAGCACAUAAAUAAACAAAGAAAAACAGUUCAGAAAGAUAAAAUUAUUCAUGUAGCCCAUAAUAGUGAUGAUGAAAAACCAAUAAUCAAAUAUGCUGGCAAGGCACAUGGGUUUAAUUAUAGACCAAUGUCAAAAUAUUAUUUGAGUAAGUACAAGAACACAAAGCACGGCUAUAAAAAACCUCAUUGCAAGUGUUCCAAGAGACUAAUACAAACAGAUGGUUACUCUGGCUUUGCUAUCCUGCGUAAUGAGUCGAUAAUAUUAAUUGGUUGCAUGAAGUUCAAAUUUACCUAUGAUUCUGACAUUUUAGAAAUUCUUACUAAGGUAGAUAAAAAACCUUUGAAGAAUAAAAAUAAACCUCAAGAAACUGGUAUUAAUUUAUUAAUUGACACAAUAAAUAAUCUAAAUUCAAUUUCUAUUGAUGAAAAAAAUUGCUCGCUUAAAGAUGUAAAUAUUACUAACUCUAAUGUAUCGGAGAACAUUAUGCAUGAUAAUAAUAAUAUACAAYCAUUGGAAAUGAAUAACUCAGAAAUAUCAGAUACUGAAUACCUAAAACAGUGGAACAUAAUGGAUACUAUGUCAAGUAAACAAUCAUGUUUUGCCAGUGAUUUGAUACAAGAAGUUGAAGUCAAUGAGUCUGAAGAUUGUGAAAUUAUUGAAGAAGAAAUUGUUUAUGAAAUGAAUUAUGCUGAGGCUGAUAACUGUGCACCUGUCCAUAUUAAUGAUGAUCAGGAAUGGGAAAUAGAAGAAAUAGUAAUUGGAGAGGACAGAAACUUCAAUAGUAACGGACCCCUGAAUUCUACUGACCUACAAUUGAAAUCUUCARUUGAACUUCCUGUAGCUGCCUGUAACGGUGAAAACUAUAAGACUGAACAUAUGUAUUGUGCACGUGGUACAUCAUAUAACGACACUAUUGUCAUAUCAGAUGAUGACGAGGAUGAUAACAAUGAAACUGAUGAUUAUGGUGUUGGUAAAGAUAAAGCUUCUCUAUAAAAGUAGAAAACCAAAACAAACAAAUGAGUUAUUUCAUUUAUAUUAUGUUAUUGAUUUAUUAAGUUUUUUUUAUAGGAUUCUAAGAUACCAGUAUAAUUCAUUAUUUUAUUUCUUAUUGUACCCUACCUUAUUUAUCAAUUAUUGUUAAAUUAAUAGCUAGAUGAAGUUUUGUUUUCAACUUAGAAUUGUAGCCAUGAUAAUACCCAUGUAUCAUUAUUACUUUAUAUAAUUACCUAAUAUUGUAUUACAUUUUUGGUUACCUUGUUACACAAUUAAUUUUAUACUCCCAUUACAUCUAAAGUAGUAUUACCAGAAAACAUAAUUUUAUGUCUGCCAAGUUAUUACUUUUUAAUURUAAUAUAAUCUAUAAAAAAUAUUGCUCUAUCAAUU